AUGCACACCGGUCGAGCUUACGUAGUGACCGGCGGGUCAUCAGGGAUGGGCUUGGCUGUCGUGAAAAAGCUCCUCGGGCUAUCGGCCACAGUUCAUGCCAUUGACAAAGCCUCAGAGAUGCCGACCAUCUCCUCUGCCAACCCCGACCGACUUCACUUCCACCCCAGCAUCGACGUCAGCUCGCACGAGAAAGUAACGCAGACGUUCGAAUCCAUCAUAAAACAGUCCCCCGUGAUUAACGGGCUGGUCAAUUGCGCGGGCAUUAUACUCCCCCCCAAUAUCCUCGAGCCAGCCGAGAACUUCAACAAAGUGAUGGCAGUAAACGUCGGUGGAACAUGGAAUGUAGGAACAACGUAUCUGCGGUACGUGCUAGAACGACAUCCAGAUACCAUGCGCAAUAGGAAAGGAGGAUCAGUACCGGAGGGAAUCGGGAGUCUGGUGAAUAUCGGAUCUACGGCGUCUUUGUUUGGAAGUCCGGGGAUUGCGUCUUAUUGUGCAAGCAAGCAUGCUGUUCUGGGGCUGACUCGGACAUGGGCAAAGGAUUUUGGGGAUAAAGGGGUGAGGGUCAAUUGUGUUGCACCUGGGGGUACGGAUACCCCCUUGCUUAAGGGUGUACCUCCGGGUUUUGUCGAUAGUUACGUUAAGAAUGUGCCGUUGAGGAGACUAGCUAGGCCGGAGGAGAUUGCUAGUACGGUUGCUUUCUUGCUGAGUGAAGAUUCUUCCUAUAUUAAUGGGCAGGUUAUUCCUGUUGAUGGUGGAUUUCGUUAG